GAGAAAAGUAUUCCCGAUUUUGGAGAGCGAUGGUCCUUCGAAAAUUUGUGUGUUGAAACUUUUUGGACAAACUUCGUGUGAAGCGCAAACUUGAAUCGCUAGGCAUCAGUGUGACGUCAGGGUAGGGUUUUGGUAAACGUAUCAAAAAUGUCCCUGGAACCAUCCGCUUGUGAAGAUUUGAAGGCAUUCGAACGACGCCUGACCGAAGUGAUAGCUGCCCUGCAACCGUCCACGCUGCGAUGGAGGAUCCUGCUCGGUACCAUGUCGCUGGUAACCUUCUUGGGCGCCUUCUACUGGCUUACGGAUCCCCGCACCUCGAUUGUCCCGCUCGUGGACUCCCUUUGGAACCAUCCAGUAUUCACCUUUUCGACGGCGAUUCUUUUGCUCCUGUUUGUGUUCGGAAUCCACAAGCUCGUAAUUGCACCGCAAAUCAUCACGUCCCGAACGCGGAGCGUGCUGGCCGAGUUUAACAUGUCCUGCGACGAAACGGGCAAGCUAAUUCUGCGACCGCGACCGACCAACAACCGAUUUCACAACGGUAACGGCAGCAGCUCCAACGGCAGUCGCAGUCCCAAGAAGACGAAACGCUAACACAAACGACGACGAGGACAUGGACGACCCCACCACCCAACAUCCAAACAAACGACGACCACCGGGAAAAACGGAUCGUAUUAAUUGUAAAUAGUGUUUUUUUUUCGUGUAGCUUCUUUUGUUUGUGCGCGCGCAACGACGGGCAAUUUGGAACCAGCUUAUUUCUACCUACUUUCUAACUCUCACUGCAUCAUAGUAAUGUAAUGUCCAUCGAUCAAGAUUGUUUAGUUUUCGGAAAGGAAAUCAAAUAAAUGGUUUUUACUGGAAAA